GAGAUCAUGAGAAAAUCAGAUCCUGCAUCUUCCUCUCCAUUCACACAUUUUCACAUCUCAUUCUUCUUAAGUCCUGUCACAUUCUCACAUCCAAAAGAAAACCAGCAACAACACUUCUUAAUAACAAAAGAAGAAUCACAAAAAAAGAGUCACACUCACCAACAAACACACACAUUCAUACAUACAUACUGACACUAAAAUCAUAAACUCCACUGCACAUUCUUAUUUCCAUCACAGAAUUUCAUAAACACCCUUUUCAUUCCCACAAUCAAAAAACCGAUUUUGACAUCAAAAUCAAAUACCCAAAUGGCUUAUUAAUCAGAUCCACUUUCUUCCUCAAAAUGGGUCACCCCAAUUUCCCACCAUGGAAGCGCACAAACACCCGUCAAUGGCGUCUCAUUGACCUCAUUUCCAUUGCCUUCUUCUCCUUACUUUUUCUUUUCUUUGUCCUUUUUUACACCACCCUUGGUGGCCGGAGGGUAGUUGGUCCAUCCACCGUUGAUCCACAACAGCGCAUUCGCCUUGUGGUGGAGAUCGAGGAGGGGAUGCCAAAUGGCCGGACUAUUGAGGCUUGUCCUGCGAGUGAGGUUGAUCAUAUGCCUUGUGAGGAUCCAAGGCGGAAUAGUCAGCUGAGUAGGGAGAUGAACUACUAUAGGGAGAGACAUUGUCCUCCCCUCGAGGAGACUGCCCUCUGUUUGAUUCCUCCGCCUAAUGGGUACCGGGUUCCGGUUCGGUGGCCAGAAAGCAUGCAUAAGAUAUGGCAUAGCAACAUGCCACACAACAAGAUUGCUGACAGGAAAGGUCACCAGGGAUGGAUGAAACGAGAAGGUCAACACUUUUUAUUUCCCGGUGGUGGUACAAUGUUUCCAGAUGGAGCAGAGCAAUAUAUUGAAAAACUUGGUCAAUACAUUCCCAUAAAUGGAGGUGUUCUGAGGACUGCACUUGACAUGGGAUGUGGGGUUGCUAGUUUUGGAGGAUAUUUACUAGCUCAAAAUAUUUUAACCAUGUCUUUUGCUCCAAGAGAUUCACAUAAAUCACAGAUACAAUUUGCUCUGGAAAGAGGAAUACCAGCUUUUGUUGCUAUGCUUGGAACACGAAGACUCCCAUUUCCUGCAUUUGGAUUUGACUUAGUUCAUUGUUCUCGAUGUUUGAUCCCGUUUACAGCGUACAAUGCAACUUAUUUCAUUGAAGUGGAUAGAUUACUUCGUCCUGGUGGAUAUUUAGUAAUCUCCGGUCCUCCUGUUCGGUGGGCUAAACAGGAAAAAGAAUGGUCAGAUCUCCAGGCUGUGGCAAAAGCCUUGUGUUAUGAACAGAUAACUGUAGACGGUAACACUGCAAUCUGGAAGAAGCCAACCGCAGAUUCGUGUAUUCCUAACGGAAAUGAAUUUGGUCUCGAGUUAUGUGAUGAUUCUGAUGACCUAAGCCAGGCUUGGUACUUCAAAUUGAAGAAAUGUGUAAGCAGCAUGUCGUCUAUCAAGGGAGAUUAUGCUGUUGGAACAAUUCCCAAGUGGCCAGAGAGGCUAACUGCUGCACCUUCGAGGUCCACUCUCCUGAAAACCGGUGUUGAUGAAUAUGAGGUUGACACUAAGCUGUGGGUAGGGAGGGUAGCGCACUAUAAGAAUUCACUAAACAUAAAGUUGGGGACUCCAUCGAUACGCAACGUCAUGGACAUGAAUGCAUUAUAUGGGGGUUUUGCAGCCGCCUUAAAAUCCGAUCCUGUGUGGGUAAUGAACGUAGUUCCAGCUCAAAAGCCACCAACUCUUGAUGCGAUCUUUGACAGAGGCCUUAUUGGGGUCUAUCAUGAUUGGUGUGAACCUUUUUCAACGUACCCUCGAACUUAUGAUCUGAUCCACGCGUCCAGCAUUGAGUCAUUUAUAAAGGAUCCAGCUUCUGGUAAAAGCAGAUGUAAUAUUGUUGAUUUGAUGGUGGAAAUUGAUCGAAUACUGCGGCCGGAGGGAACUGUUGUGGUAAGGGACACUCCUGAAGUAAUCGACAAAGUAGCUCGCAUUGCUCAUGCAGUGAGAUGGAAGGCAACCAUUUAUGAUAAAGAACCCGACUCACACGGCAGAGAAAAAAUUCUAGUUUUGACUAAGACCUUCUGGAAGCUCUAAUUCUCAUUCCACUGACAGCUGUGUAAUUUAGGUAAAAUUCCUUUCAAAGAGAUUCAGUUUUCUAACUUGUUCAUAUAAAGAAGACAUUGAGGUUAUGAUUGGUAAAAAUGGGAAAACUUGUGCAAUUUAUGUGGAAAGCACAAAUCAGUGUUCAUUAUAUUUUCUCUUAGCUUCAUGGAUGAAUUGUAAUUCAAUUUUUUUUUUCAACAUUACUUAUUCAUUGACAAAAAGAGUUAGCCAUGAUUCUAAUUCAGUUAUAUUUCAGUUUGUUCUUUC